UAUCAAACAACCGCAGUAUUUAUUUAUGAUUUUUUUUUUUUUACAAAAAAAAAAUGGAUAUUCGUGCAGUAAUUGCAAUAGAUUUUGGUACUACAUUUUCGGGAUUCGCAUAUUCUAAUCGAGCAGAUCCUGAAAUUAUUACAAAUGAUGUUUGGCCUCAACAAAUUGGUGUAAUGAAAACUAAUACAGUUCUUCAAUAUGAUUCUAAUUAUCAAAAUGUUAUUAAAUGGGGAAAUCCUGCUUUAGCCCAAAAACAAUCAAAACACGCUCGUAAAAAUAAAGAUUUAUCAUCUUCAAAAACUGUAGAACUUUUUAAACUUCAUUUGGGAAAUAUUCCACAAAAUGAAAAACCACCACUUCCCUAUCAAUUAAAUUAUGAAAAAGCAAUAAGUGAUUAUUUACGCGAAUUAGGAAAGUUGAUUAAGGAAACUAUUUCUACCCGAUGGCACGGGAUAAGUUUCUUUGAACAUGUUCUUCUCGUUAUAAGCAUUCCAGCAGAGUUCGAUGAUCGUGCAAGAAAUACUAUGAGAAAAUGUCUUUAUAAUGCUGGGUUGACGGACUGUAAAGAAUCAAAGAAAGUUGAAUUCACGACUGAACCUGAAGCUGCUGCAAUUUAUUGCAUGCGGAAUCUUAAGGGACAGAAUGAAAUGAUCCCAAUUAAUGCGUCAUUUAUGGUUGUUGAUUGUGGAGGCGGAACUGUAGACCUUACAACACGUAGAUUAUUACGAGAUAACAAACUCAGUGAAAUCACUGAAAGAACUGGAGAUUUUUGUGGUGGAUCUUAUGUCGACCGAGAAUUUCUUAAAUUUCUUAGUCGUAAGCUUGGUGAAUCGACUAUAAAUCUGCUUAGAGAAAAUAAUUAUGGUCAAAUGCAAUUCAUGAUACAACAAUUCUGUCAAAAAUUGAAGUUUCAUUUUACAGGAAAUCAAAAUGAAUUUGAUCCAUAUGAAUUUGAUAUUGAAGAAAUUUGUCCUAUUUUGAAACAGUAUUGUAAUGAUAAUAUCAAAGAAGAGAUGGAAGAAAAUGAUUGGGUUAUUGAUAUAAAUUUUGAAGAUUUAAAAUCUAUGUUCGAUCCGGUUGUUGGAAGAAUUAUUAGAUUAAUUCGUGGACAACUUGAUUCUAGCAAAGAUAAAUGCUCUACUAUAUUUCUUGUAGGAGGAUUUAGUGAAUCAAAAUAUUUACGAAUGAGAGUUAAAGAAGAAUUCGGAAAAUUAGUUUCAGCAAUUAUUGUACCAAAGCAACCUAUCGCAGCUAUUGUUCGUGGCGCUUGUGAUUAUGGACUCGAUAUGAGUACAAUAGUGGAACGUACUUUGAAAUAUACUUAUGGACUUGGAACUCAUAGAAAUUGGGAAGACGAAGAUCCAAUAUAUAGAAAAAAAAAUUUUAAGGGAAAUGAUGAAACUAAAAUUGCGAUAUUUCACCAUUUCGUUACACGAGGUACAAAAGUUGGAGUUGAUGAGGAAUUUCGUACAAUUACACGUCCUGCUAUGCCAGAUCAGACUGCAAUGUCAUUUCCAAUAUAUAAAACAACUGAAUUAAGUGCUGAAUUUUGUGACGAACCUGGUAUGAAAUUACUCGGUACAUUAAGAAUAGAAUUACCAGAUGUUCAUCUUGGAUUAGAUCUUGAUGUUGAAUUUUCGCUAAUUUUUGGAAAAUUGGAACUUGUUGCUAAAGCAAAAAAUUUACAGAAUGGAAGAACCUAUGAUACUAGUUUUGAAUUAGAUUUUAAAAAUUGAUGUAGAUCUUAUUAUUGUUCGUUUCGAAUCCUAUGAAAUAGAAUAAAGGUUUUAUUUAAAUACAUAACCUUAAUAUCGUUUAAUAUCAUGGCGCAACAUAUGUGCAAAUGAAAUUUAUACUAUUAAAGACUUCUUGGAUGAUAAACACUAAUUUCAUUUGAUACCCGCGUAACAGUUUGAGAUAAAAUUA